UUUUUAUAUUUAUAUAUAUAUAUAUAUUUUUUUUUUUUUUAAAAUUUGAGAAUUCUCAUGUGCUGAUUUAUCUGUAUGCUUUAAUUCUUUUUGAUGAUUGUGUUGAUAUUCUGUAAACUGCUAUUUACUUGCUCUAGGUAUACAUAUCUUUAGCUCCAAACCAAUGCCAGAAGUAUAACCAGAACAAAUUUCAUUUAGGGUCUAACACUCAUAUUUCAUCUUCAAUGCAUCCAAAAUAUAUAUUGCUUUCUUUCUGGGUAGUCAGGAAUCAGGAUCAAAAUCAUGUAACUGGAACUGUAUAGCAGGAGAAUCUCGUCGAACUAGGCUGCAAUGUUUUUCAUAGCAUAAAAAAGGCCAGUGAUUUUGGGGCCACAAAACUCCUUCCUAAUAUUAUCUGUUGUUUAGUAAGAAAUCCAACCAGGUUUACUAGUUUCUUUGACUUGGACAAUAAACCACUUUCUGCUAGUUCAGUCAGUUGGUGAUGCCAUCCAUCCUCAGUCUCUUUUUCAAUUCUAUAUAUGUUGUUACCUGUCUCUUUUUACUUACUCCAGUUUGUUUUUUCUCAUUCAAACAUUGCAGGUAUUGCCUCAUCAAUUGUUGAUUUGACUGAUUUCAUAUCAGCUGCUCAAAUUUCAAAGGCAGAAGAUGGCCAUCUUCCCCUUGAAGAGAUGCGUACACGUGUGGAGUGAGUAUCCUGAGAAGAGUAAGAGGAAACUUUGUGAAUCUUCAUUGCUGAAAAGAAAAAGGAUUAUGGGACAUGGAAACCAGAUCAUAGGGGAAGAUGCUGAUGCAAUUCAUCUCCCAAAUCCAAUGAUUGGGUUUGGGACUCCAGCUGAUCUCUGUCAAAUCUACCAAAAUCUUCCAAAGGCAGCCGCAGGACCUCCUUAUUUUUACUAUGAGAAUGUGGCAUUGACACGUAAAGGAGUUUGGAGCACAAUAUCCCGCUUUUUGUAUGACAUGAAGCCUGAGUUUGUUGAUUCGAAGUAUUUUUGUGCUGCUGCAAGAAAAAGGGGCUAUGUUUACAAUCUUCCAAUCAAAAACAGAUUCUGUCUCGUUCCCCUUCCACCACAAACUAUAUUUGAUGCAUUUCCCAUGACAAGGAGGUGGUGGCGGCCUACUUGGGAUGAUCGGACACAGCUAAAUUGCUUACAGACUUGCCUUGUUAGUGCAACAAUUACUGAGAGGAUCAUGAAGGCUCUUAAAGAUGAUGAAGAUGAAAUCCCACCUGAAAGUGUCCGUCGCUGUGUUAUUUAUGAAUGCUGCAAGUGGACUGUUUGGGUAGGAAAGAAAAAGGUGGCCCCACUUGAGCCUGAUGAAGUAGAAAUGCUUUUGGGGUUCCCGUGGGACCACACAAGGGGAAUAAGCAGGACAGGUGGAUACAAGUCACUGGGAAAUUCUCUUCACAUUGAUACAGUGGCUUAUCACCCGUCAGUUUUGAAAGAUCAAUUUCCCAAUGGGAUCAAUGUCCUCUCUCUUUUCUCUGGGAUUGCUGGUGCAGAGAUAGCUCUUCACCGUCUUGGUAUCCUGAUGAAGAAUGUUAUGUCGGUGGAGAUAUCAGAGGUUAGCAGAAAUGUUGUAAGGUGUUGGUGGGAGCAGACAAACCAGAGAGUAGCUGAUGUGCAAGAGUUGAAUGCUGACCCCUUAGAGCAUUAUAUCGGUUCCUUUGGUGGGUUUGAUCUAGUGAUUGGUGGCAGUCCAUGUUAG